GAGUUUAUUACAGUUAUUGUUGUAUGUAUAUCAAGUGAGGCUGAUGGCUUUGCCCUUUCUUUCUUUCGAGCACCGCUUCCAAAGUUUCGUUUACUAUAGUCACACAAAUUUAACUUUCAAUUUUGAUCGUGUUUUAUGGGAUUGCGUAAAGACAUCGUUUGUUCUUUCCUCCCAUCCCGUUAGUCUAUACUUGUCUGCUCAAAAAACCAAUAGCAACAUUUUUCAUGGGUACGAAAAGUAACUUUGUGGUGUUUACUGGUUUAAUAAGGACUAAAAAAAGAGCAAGACAGGUCGAACGGCCUUUAUCGACUGUCGAAAACAUAAUUGAAAGAAUUAAGCAGACUGGCAGUCCUCUUCCUGCUAAACCAACCAUGAAGACCUACAAGAUUAAUGAGAGGAAUGAGAGGCACCUUGGUCGUAUCAUUUGGAAAAAUCCCUUUUGCUUCCUACAACAAAUCAAAAAAAGAACUUGCAGCAAUGAGUAUCCAUGUUCAUAAGGACACUGUAGUCUUAGCUAUUCAUCGAUUGAGGUUCCUAUCGUUUGUAGCAGCAAAGAAGCCUCGUCUCUCUGAACAGAAGAGAAAGAAAAGACGUCGCUGUGUCAGCAGUAAGAUCAACUGGAUAGAUGGUUAGUGGCAUAAUAUCAUCUGUUCAUAUGAAUCAAAGUUUGGUCUUUCCGCCUAUCGCCUAACUGGAAACGCUUUUGGUCUCUCAAGAUCCCUCUCCCUGCUCGCAAUGUCC